CACUACAAUUUUAAAGCAGUCAUACGAAUGCUGUAAUCAUGACCGGAAAGAAACCGGAAAAGACCGGCCAUUGCAGUUGCAACACGGACCAGCAAUAUGUAAAUCCUUCGUUUGAACAAGACACCAAUAUCGGACCAUCGUACAGCUCCCGAAGAUACAGCGACAAUCAGGGUCAAUCCGGGGAAGGUACAAGUGGCAGUUCGUGUCAUGCUGCCACGGAUAAUGGCAGUUGUGCCAUUCACAGCAAUAUAAGUUCACAUCGCAAGGGUCACAGACGACAGGAGUCAAUGUACCAAAUGACCGGCCUCUAUUCGGAAACGAACAGUGGCGAUGACAGCAGCAUUGAUUUAGCCGAAGAUAGUACAUUAGCCAGUGGUCCAUCAAAUCUCAUUGGCAGUACUGCAACUACGACAAUGUCAACCGUAAUUACAAAUAAUGCCCGAAAUCUCCACGCCAAAACAUCAUCCUGCUCAGAUUCGGUAAUAAAGUGUCACAGCCGUCAAUCGUCGGCUGUCCUAGGAAAUACCCUGCAUAGUCAUAAUAAUUUACAUGGAAAUCAAAAUGCCUAUGCUGUGGCAGGUAAUAAUGCAACAUGUGGCCUUAAUGACGAUGAUGACGAUUUGCGUUCCCAAGACUGUGGCAUAAUGGCGUGCCGUCCCAGAGGCGUACAGAAAUUCGCACGCAUAAAGAUAUUCGUACUCCUAUUGUCGAUGUUGGUCACACUGCAGCAGGCACUGAGUUCGGGCUAUAUCAAUUCGGUGAUAACAACCAUCGAGAAGCGUUUUGAAAUACCGUCCAGUUAUUCCGGCUUAAUAGCGUCCAGUUAUGAAAUUGGCAAUGUGAUUACAGUUAUAUUUGUAAGCUAUUUAGGAAGCAGGCGUCACAUACCAGUAUGGAUUGGCAUUGGAGCGGUCAUCAUGGGAAUUGGCUCUUUGGUGUUUAUGGUUCCACAUUUCACCGGGGAACCCAACCCUGGUGUUAGUAUAGCGAAUGAAACAACGGACAACAUAUGUCGCAGUGCAUUAGUGCGCAACCAAGACAUGGACCUGGGAAGAUUGUCCAGUGGUCUAUCUAAUCCGCCCCUGGCACCACACACACUGCGAGAGGACAACUGUCUGGAGGGUAAAUUGUCUACCUUUGGUCCUGUACUACUAUUCGUUAUCGCUCAACUGCUACUGGGCUGUGGUGGCAGUCCUUUGUUUACCUUGGGCACAACGUAUGUUGAUGAUCAUGUGAAAACCGAAAGUUCAUCCAUGUAUAUUGGUUGUAUGUACAGUAUGGCUGCAUUUGGGCCGGUUGUUGGUUUCCUGUUGGGUGCCUAUUUGCUGUCCUUCCACAUGGAUUCGUUAUCCUCUUCAAUAAUUUCGAUUGAUCCGGGUGAUCGUCGAUGGGUAGGAAUGUGGUGGGGAGGAUUUCUAUUGUGCGGAGUUUUGCUACUUAUUGUUGCAGUACCGUUUUUCUCAUUUCCAAAGGUUCUCACACAUGAAAAGAAGAAAAUUCGCAAAACAUCUGUUGUUGUGCAACCGGCAAUACCGAAUAACUCAAACAGUUUACCCCGAGCCACUGAUGAAAUUGGUAGAGUCAAAAAAGAGAUAGUAUCGGUGGCUCCCAAGGAUGAACCAGAAAAGCCAAAAGUUGAUACCGGUUAUGGAAAAGACAUUAAAGAUAUACCACAGUCCAUGCUACGUUUAGUCACCAAUCCCGUUUAUAUUGUCACAUGCCUUGGAGCCUGCAUGGAAUUGAUGAUCGUUUCGGGUUUCGUGGUAUUUCUGCCCAAAUAUUUGGAGACCCAAUUUAGUGUCGGCAAAAGUCAGGCAAGUGUUUUUACUGGGUCCAUUGCCAUACCAGGAGCUUGCAUCGGCAUCUUUAUUGGCGGAUGUGUACUUAAGCGAUUCCAGUUGAAGCCAAAAGGCGCUGUAACAUUUGUUUUGAUUUCCAAUAUCAUCUGUCUGGGAUGUUAUGCAUUGUUAUUCUUCUUGGGCUGCGACAAUCUCAAGAUGGCCGGCACCACUAUGCCUUACUACAAUAAUUCCAAACAUGGAGCUUUGGAACCAUUCCAAGUAAAUUUAACAGCUGCCUGCAAUUUCGGUUGUGAAUGUUUAACCAGUGAUGUUGAACCAGUGUGUGGCAAUAAUGGUUUAACAUAUUUUAGUCCUUGCCAUGCGGGAUGUACUGCCUUUUCCUCCAGCUCCAAUUACACAAAUUGUGCAUGUGUUCAUGCCAACAUUUCCAGCAGUAUUUAUAUGGGAGCCGGAGGCAGUCAGGCCCAGGCUUUGAAUGCCAACGAAAACUUUGCUGAAGUUACUGUAGUUCCUGUUGCUACUGCCGGUCCUUGUGCCAAUCCAUGCCGCAACAUUUAUCCGUUCCUUAUACUACUCUUCUUUAUGACAUUUAUAGUGGCAGCCACUCAAAUGCCCCUUCUUAUGAUUGUUCUCCGAUCAGUAUCCGAAGAAGAGCGAUCAUUUGCCCUUGGCAUGCAGUUCGUUAUAUUCCGUUUGUUUGGAUAUAUUCCGGCACCAAUUCUGUUUGGUAAUCUCAUUGAUUCUACUUGUCUUUUAUGGAAAUCUUCGUGUGGCGAGAAAGGAGGGCGUUGUCUUAUUUAUGACAUCGAAAAGUUCCGUUACAAGUAUGUUGGUCUUUGUGCAACAGUAAAAAUAGUGGCCUUGGUAAUAUUUAUUGUUGAUUGGUGGCUUGUCAGACGUCGUAAGCAACUGGAUAAAACAAAGCCUUUAAAUCCCAGUGAUCCCGUAAUAGGAUCCAUUAUUAGCUUGGACAAAUUAUUUGAGGAAAAAUUGGCGGUAAAUGAUUCCAACCUGAAUUAUGAUGACAGCGGCGAACUAGCACUUAAAUCGGACUCAUACCGACAUUCUCGUAAUAAUUCACGCACAAUCCAAUUGGAAUAUGGAUACGACAAAUGUAAUAACACUUUGCCAGCGACUAGUCCAAAUGUACCACAGACCAAAUCUAAGAAACACUUCCGCAGCGCGUCUUGUGAUGUGAAGAUGAUACGAAGUUUUGCCAAGGAUCACAAUACAAAUAAUGCCAUGGAUGCCUGUGAGACAUCAAAAUUCAAGAAUUUGAAAAAACUUCAUACACAUUCCCGCAAUAAUUCAAGUGACCUUAAUGUCGAGUUCCGUCAUAAGCUGGUGGCCCACUCUAAUUCUUGUUCACGAGACGAUCCUAAUUUCAGCAUACGCUUCAUACAAAAUCAACUCAAGCCGCAAGCGGACGAGGAAGAAGAAGACGAACUUACCACGGGAUGUGGUCAUUUUGUGCGAAAACAUUCACGUAACCAUUCCUAUGACCAGAUAUAUAUGCCCAACAAUAUUAGAUUUGAUCCGGAGUUUCUUCGAGGUCAUCACAAUCAUCACACCAAUAAGAAAAACGUAAAUUUGCUCAAAAAUGUGGUCAUGGAAAAUAAAUUGAAAAAUUCCAAUGAAGCAAACGAAGUAGUACUAGCCAAUGUCGCUGACUCGCAAGGUCAUUCGCGCAACAAUUCGAAAGAUCUUAAUAUCAGAAUUGCUCAAACCGCCCCCGGUUCCACUAUUAACACCAACACUUCCACUACCAUAGGUAAUGAUACAACAGCUUUAAGUAUUCUACGACAUCGUCGCACCAACUCCAAGGACUUAAAUUACAGCACAACUGCGCCAAAUCACAGUGAGAAUGUAGCGGGUCCAACAGUGCCGACCCCAUCAUCCUCAAGCCAUAAGAAACAUGCACGUAACCCUUCUCAUCAAAAAAUACAAAUCGAUGACGACCGCAGCGAAUUAAUUUGUCCCGAUGACGAUGAUGAGAAUGAAGAGGGUCAAGAAAAGAUUGUCAGCAUUUAG